UUCCGAAGCGUGUUCCGUCAGUACUUAUAACUACUCGAGGACCCCAUCGUGUAGUCCUCCUGGUUGUGUUUGCUUGUUCCCUGCAUACGUCGUCACUUGUCGUUUCCUGUCAUUCUUGUUUAGAUAUACCUUCAAAAUGUCUGUCCCCGAAAAGUUCACCGGCUUCCAGGUCAACGGCCCCGAGACCUGGACCGAGUUCCACAAGAACGAGUUCCAACCCAAGCCCUUCGGUGACUACGACGUCGAUAUCAAGAUCGAGUGCUGUGGUGUUUGCGGUAGCGAUGUCCACACCAUCAGUGGUGGUUGGGGCGAGCAAAAGUUUCCUCUUGCUGUUGGACACGAAAUCGUCGGAACCGCCCUCCGCGUCGGUCCCAAGGUGACUCUCAUCAAGCCCGGCCAACGCGUCGGCGUCGGCGCCCAGUCCUACUCCUGCCUCGACUGCCGCCAGUGCAAGAACGACAACGAGACCUACUGCCGCAAGCAACUAGACACGUACGGUGCCGUGUGGCCUGAUACCGGCAUCGUCAGCCAGGGCGGUUAUUCCUCCCACGUUCGCACCCACGAGCACUGGGUCUUCCCAAUCCCCUCCUCCCUCCCCUCCACAAUCGCCGCCCCCAUGCUCUGCGCCGGCUUAACCGCCUACUCCCCACUCGUCCGCAACGGCUGCGGCCCCGGCAAGAAAGUCGGCAUCGUCGGCCUCGGCGGCAUCGGGCACCUGGGUCUCCUCUUCGCCAAAGCCCUGGGCGCCGAAGUCUACGUAAUCUCACGCACGCACUCCAAAGAAGCCGACGCCCUGAAAAUGGGCGCCGACGGCUUUUUGGCGACAUCCGACGGCCCCAAUUGGAACCAAGAGCACAUCAUGACUUUUGACCUGAUCAUCAACACCGCGAACUCCUUUGAGGGGUUCGAUGUGGAUGCGUAUUUGGCUCUGUUGGAUGUGCAUGGGAAGUGGGUGAGUGUGGGGUUACCGGAGGAUGAGGAGGGGAUUAGGGUGCGGAAUCAGACUUUCUUGAAGAAUGGGUGUUUUUUUGGGAGUAGUCAUUUGGGGAGCCGCAAAGAGACGUUGGAGAUGUUGGAGUUGGCUGCGAGCAAGGGGGUCAGGACGUGGGUGGAGGAGGUUAAGAUUAAUGAGAGGAAUUUGAAGGGGGUUAUGGAGCGGAUGAAGGGGAGUGGAGGGAGGUAUCGGUUUUGUUUGACGGGGUAUGAGGAGGCUUUUGGGGCCUGAAUUGGGACUUUGGGGACUUGGGAGUGUAAAUGAGGCAAAGGGGAAUUUGGGAAAGGGGAAUUUGGGAAAGGGGAAUUUGGGAAAGGGGAAUUUGGGAAAGGGGGCUCAAGUCAAAAGAGGAUAUAUUUAUGAGAUUGUGAACAAAGUCCUUGAGAUCACUUCCUUGGCUGGAGUGUUAGGUGGAUGUUUUUGUCGUGACUUUGUUCGAAACUUCGUCAAAGUCACUUAAUGGGGCUUGAAGACACUUGACUUCUGACCAAUAUUUCAUGAGAGUUUGGUUUCAGUUGAUGUCAUCAGGGAAGAUGGGGCGUCGAGACACUGGAAGAGGUUGACUUGCUUUCUGUUCAUGAGGUAGCAAUAGUAAGUUGUCACUUAGAAUACCAGGCUGUGCAUCCAGAAGUAUUGCCUUACGAACCGUUCAUCAUAA